CGAGAACUGUUUUUUAAUCAUCUUCUUUUGGUAAAAAUCAUGAUGUUUCUGUGCUUCUAGGACGCUCGCCUUGAAUCAGCUAGAGCUGAAAUGGGUCAGGUUAGAGAAGAAAACCAAAGGCUGAAGUCCAUGUUGUCCCAAAUUGUGAAGGCCUACCAAUGUUUACAACACCAAUUCUUUGAGCUUGUCCAACAAGAGAAGAAGGUCGAGAUGGGACCUUCACGGAGCAAACUUUCGCUUCCUUGCAACCAGGAAACCAAAGAAGAAGCCGAGCUCUUGUCCCUCACCCUAGGACUGAGCUCGAGCCGGCUGAAGACCGAUGGAGAGAGGAUAAACAUAUCAUCGAUGCGGAGAGAAAGCACAAAGAACGGAAAUAGUGACUCGAAACAAGAAUUGUCACUUGACUCGUGCAAUGGAAAGUUCAUGAGCUGUGAUCAUGAGAGCUCGAAGGACCCCAAGGAAGGUGAACUCUCGAGGACAUGGCCAUCAAGAAAGCUUCUCAGGACAUUGAAAAGCGAUGGUGAGCAGGUUUUGGAGCAGACCCGUUUGAAGAAAGCUAGGGUUUGCGUCAGAGUUAGGUCUGAUGCACCCACUAUGGAAGAUGGAUGCCAAUGGAGGAAGUACGGACAGAAAAUUUCGAAAGCAAAUCCAUGUCCUCGAGCAUACUACCGUUGCACUGUCUUGCCAUCUUGUCCGGUCAGAAAGCAAGUACAAAGAUGUAUAGAGGAUAUGUCCGUCUUGAUCACCACUUAUGAAGGGAAUCACAACCACCCUCUUCCUAUCUCGGCCCCGGUUAUGGCUUCCACCACUUCCGCAGCUACUUCCAUAAUACAAUCUAGCUCAUCGACCUCACAGCAGCAGCAGCAGCAGCAACAACACGGCCUUCGAUUUUCGGCGUCCUGUGGCCCUGCCUCCACCACGUCUACUGGUGGCAUGUAUGGACUUGAUUACACGGGCGAUCGAAAUCCCAAGCUGCCUCGAAUUUAUUUUUCUAGCUCUUCCCAGAUUUCUACUUGCAAUUCUCACCCCACCAUUACUCUUGAUCUCACCUCGAGCCCCGACUUCUCUGAUCUUGAUGGAUAUCGAUACUCUCCAUGCUUCCCGUCUUUACUGACAGCCCCUUCAACAUAUCUCAGCUUCUGCUCACCACCACCUUCAUCACCGUCAUCGAGUCACUUGGAUACCACAACCCAUAAACCAUCUUCGGGCAUUGGUCCUAGGGUUUUAAAUCAUGGUAUGCCACCACAACAUCAAUUCUACCAACCCCAUUUGUGGCCAGUUACCAAGAGCCAAGCUUCUCAUCCACAAUCUUUACCCGACAAGUCUGGUGCGGAAGCGACGAAAGCAAUAUCGUUGAAUUUGUCUUUCCAGUCUGUGUUAGCAGCCGCGAUGACCUCGUUCGCCAGUGGCAGGGAAACCGACUGUCUUGGUGAUAAAGGAAAGGAAGGAGGUUUUGGGAGGGACUUGAAGCUUGGUGAUGAUCCAGCAACACCAAUCAAAUUACUCCAACCAUCGCCGCAAGCCGAUGGUACAGCGCGUGUUUCAUCAAACUACAUGGACAAGCCAACGGCUUUCAGCUCCCGGGAAGGACCUAAGAGCUCAAUUUGGUUUCCACAUUCAUCAGUGGCAUUAUCCACUUCCAAGAAGAGUGCUCGUGCUUCAAUGUCUCCUGCUGAGACGAAGGAUCAUCUCAUUAAGUUCCUUGGCAAUUCUGACAUGUGACAUUUGGAAGGAACAAGAGUUGCCAUAGUACAGAAUUUACGUGAUGUUAGAUACUUAGAACCAUGAGCUUUCAGGAAUUAAGACCCAAACUAUA